GCGACAUGCAGCAGACGGUUCCUUUGACUCCAACAACCACAAUUCCAAUUUGCAAAGAGAGUUUUACAGACGACGCUCGAUUCCAGUUUUUUGCCCCCCAAAAAAAACCCCAUAGCUGGGCACUUUUUUUUCUUGAGGCAUUUUUCUGAAAGUUUGCUGCGGUUUUUGAAAAUUAACUUUUAAGGAUGGACAACGGCGCCGGAAAAUUGCCCAGCCUGACAGACUAUCGCCGCUAUUCGCUUCACUUAAAAAAUCCCAAGAGAAAUGUCUUCGUCACUCAGCUUGGGGACCAAAGGGAUGACGAUGAAGAUGUUAAUCACAUUCCAGUAAUCACACAGGCAGCUGCUGAGAUUCUAGCAAACGACAGGAAAACACCUCAGACGACUUUGGUGCUAAAGAAAGAAGUAGAAGUUGACCAAGUUAAUGCAGAACUCGAAGCUAAAAGGCAAGAGUUCUUUCAACGCAUGGAAGCUAUUACCCAGCGGAGGGCAGAAUUUGAAAGGAAAGAGCAUGUGAAUAGAGAAAGGGCGCUGAAGUUUGAUAAAUUUCUCAGGGAUAAUGAGGCAAAGAGGCGGCGUGCUAUUAAAAAAUACCAAUUUGAAGUGAAAGAAAAUGAGGUGAAAAAGAAGGAGUUACAAGAUCUACUUCAGCAAUUUGAAGAAAUGAAAGUCAGACAACAGAAACUACAGAGAACAGUGUCAAAAUGCAAAGUAUAUGAAGAUUACCUCCUGAAGGUCAUUGAUAAUUUGCCUGAAAACUAUUUGGAGUACAGUGCAGAAUCUGUGGUGAUGAGUAUCAUUCAAAAACAUGAAACCCUUGGAGCCACCAAUGAGACAUUGAUAAAUAAUCUCAGCCGAUUGUCAGACGAGGUGGAACAGCGCCAGCACAACUUGGAAACUCUGCGUCAAGAAUAUGAUACCACAAAACUCAUGAUUAAUAGUCAACUUUCAGUACGUCGAAUGGAGUGCGAUGAAAUAAAGGAGAGGAAUAAACGGAUGGAAAUGAAAUUAAAUCUGCACCGAGGCAAUUUUAUUCACCAGAGUAAAGGGCUUGGUGCCCUCUUGUUGGCUAUUAAUAAUCUGGCAGAUCAAUGCUACAUGAGGCAUUAUGGGAUACUUGAAGAAAUUGGCAUUUUGCCAAAGCUGGACAUGGUGAAGGAGUUCAUCAUGGAAAAGAAAGAUAUUGUGCAAAUGGCAGUACAAACUGACUCUGCAUCAGCUUUUACUGGCAGCUCAGACCAAAUUCAGGGCAAACCAGGAGAAACUAACCAGCUGAAGCCACAGAUCAAGAUAUCGUUUGCAAAUUCCAGCAAAAUUAUAACUAACCAAAAGAACAGACUAAAACCUACAAACACUAAGGCUCGAUGAAUAGCUUUAGCAUCUUUGUUUUAAGAGGGAAUUUGCUAUUUUGUCUGAUUAUGGUCUUGUGAAGCGGGACAUUUUAUUAGGUUAAAGGCAUCAUAUAAAUGUUGUAUGACAGAAGUAGAGGGAAUCUGACUGCAUUCUCAGGGCCAACUCCAAUAACCUACAUGUAGGAGGUGGAUAAAGUACAAGUGGCCCAGAUCUUUGCAGCAGUAAAUAAGAUUCAUCAUAGUACUGUCAGGAGUGGGCAGCAGGCAUCCCUGUCUAAUUUCCCUUAAUUUUUCACUGCUGUGACAUCUUA